GGACCUGGUGAACCGGACCACGGUUUACUUUAUUGCACGUUCGGGCUAUGGUCCGUGUCUUCUAAACACUACAGACCAACGCGGAAACGAUUAAAGUAUACUUGUUCGGGUCGUUUAUAGUGACAAAUGAGAUAACUCGAGGAAGAAGAAAGACAAACGAAAAAGUAUCGAGAACCCAAGGAUUUCGAAUGACUCUUCAAGACGUUAAAUGUCUCUUUUCUGCACCUAAAGGCUAGAUGUACCGAGCGCGAUAAUUCAAAUAUGUCGAAACGAAGGGAAACUAGACUUUGUGGCUGAAUAUCGGGCGGAUAAAAAACUUUCGUCGUCCACGACGUAAGAUGUCAACGGCGGAAGCGGUACGCAUCGCUACCCAGCAGACAUCUACCGAAGAGGAACAGGGAAGACUAAAAACCGAUCUCCAGUACCUGCGACGACGCGGCGGAGCCUUCAAGGCUUCGGGAGAAAAUUUGUACCAGGGCCGUAAGUGUGCAAGAUGCGGCGUCUCCUUCGGUAGAUUUUACAACACUGGGGCCUCAUGCCCACGCUGCAAACACCGUGUCUGUCGACAAUGCCGCGAAAUUAAAAACGUCAGCGACAACAACAAAGGCACGAUCGGGAUCGACUGGCUAUGUGCAGUUUGCCAUAAGAUUGCAGAACUGCACGCGGUGACCGGCGAAUGGAUGUUCGAGACCUCGAUCACACAACGCACUGUCGGAAGGGAGAAUUCUCUAUCGCCUCUGGAUAUUCUAAAACACAGCAUUCGACGUGCCUGGACCAUAAACGGACCACCAGCUCAAUGGCCAGGAUCAAGGAACUCUCCUGAGUUCAGAAUUUACCGAAGUCUGCCGAUUCGACAUCCGGAUUUCCAGGAAGAUGUGGAGGAUCCGGAACCGACGAAAAUCUCCGAGGAUUCUAAAAAUGAGGACAGUUCAGUCAGCAGAGAUGAUGGAGUUAAAAAGGAUCUCAGCUCUCAAAGCAAUAUUGGUGGCGAUAAGUCUGCAUCGAGAACGGAUCUCAACGAACGUACGAAUUUAAAACGAAACGAAAAGUCGAACAAACCGAACGAAAGGGGUUUAGUUUCGAAAACUCGUAAGCAGGAUCCAGCGACCUUGAGUGGAAAAUCGAAGACUGAAGGUCCUGAAGUGAUCUCUGCUGAUCAGGUUUCUCGAGUUUCACUGCUGAAGCCUCCUAGGCUGCUCUCCAAAUUCAACAGUCCGGAGUUAAAGCCGGCUGGCAAACAUGGGGAGAAGAAAUCGAAUAUUCCUAUUUUUAGGAGAAGCUCCAAGGAGUUCGAGGAUAUCAGAAGUCCUCAGGAAUCUCCGAAACGGUCCUUGAUUCCCCAGAGAUACAGAGGAAGUACUGAUGACCUUCGAAGAAGCAGAGAAGACAUCAGCAUCCCGAGUUUCAUUCCGAAGUUGUUGUCUCCCAGAAAUAAAGAAGAGAAGUUAAAACGUCAGGACAGCAAGGACGACAUUCGUCAUAUCUUUGGAACAAAUCGACGACAGAGAGAGGAAACAAAGCCUUCGACUGGACAAACCUUCGUCCGAGACGAUGUUAAAACCGGAAUAAGAUUUUUCCGACGUGAAAGUAAAGAGGACGUGGGUAGGGAGAGCGCAACCACUAUUACGAACAGCUGUCUGACCAAAGAAAGGCCUUUGAACAAGGAGGAGUUGCAAGAAUGGACAGACGAAUGCGUGGGUGAGACCACGAGUCGAUCAAAAUGCAACUCAAUUGAGUUCAACUGUACGAGUGAUUCAAAAGAAAGUGCAGAGAGUGAGUGCAUUGUCAGGGAAGGUCCGAGAGAGGAAGAAAUAGGGGAUAUUGAAAAAGUAGAAGAAACUGAACUGGUUGGAGAUCAGAGGGAAGAUAGCGAGGAGGAAGUUUUCGCUAAAAUGGCUAAUGAACUCACACAGGAUCACAUCGAAGAACCCAAUUUGCAGAAAUCUGCUGAAAAAUAUGAAGGGAUUAGGAAUAAUGGGAAGGAGGAAGUGGAAAAUGAAGGGAAAUUUAGAGGCAGAAAGGAUUUAGGGCAGAAGGAGCAACGAGAAAAAGGUGAAUACGCACCUGAUUUUAAGAAUCUCAGAGAUACGGUUGAAGAAGCGAUCUGUGCCAACAAUUAUGGGGAUGUUUCUCUCGCUGGGGAUAAAAGAAUCACUGAAGGAUCGAGUCCUGGAAAAAAGACGGAUGACUUUCAAGUGAUUCGAAGAAAGUUUUCCAAGGAGGAAUUUUCGAAUCCGGACGAUCCAGAUGAGAUUCCAAACAGGCGUUGCUCGAGUCAUCUUUCGCCAGAAGCAAGUCCUUUAAGUACGAGAUCGUCGAGAUAUAGUCCAAGGGAAAGCGAAAGCGAACCAACUCCAGCUUUGCCGAGGAAAACCGGAAGUGGAGAUUCAUCUUCUGCUUCACAGAGGAUUCGUGAUACGAUCACGAGGACGAGGAGAGAAUCUAAUAGUAGUGCAAGAUACGAGAGCAGUGGCAGCGAAAGUAUGAGAUUAGGAGAAUCUGGACUUCAUGGAUAUGCAGAUAUCGCAAGAAGGGUCAAGUUCUUCGGCGGAAGUGGACUUGGACCGUCAACCGGAAGUUGUGACGAGGUCGUGCAACGAGACAGUGCGACAAGUGCAGGCGAAGAUGAACCACACGAAGAUGGACACACGCGAGACCCAAGCAGAACAGCUCAGGGUUCUUCCCAAAGUAGGACAAUGCUUCGAAGACGUAGACAAUUUGAUGCCCAAGGAUCACGUCGCAGAGGAAGGUCUCACGCCAGAACCUGCUGUGGCGACGAAUUACAGAAUCUCCAGGCAUUACAUGUGAUUGGUCGGGGUGGGGGGCGACAAACGAGCCCCCCGGGCCCAGGAACUCAAGGUCAUACUGGGACCCAUUCUCAGUCUCAUACCCAGGAUUCACUUGUCGACUACCGACGUCUCGUCUUCAUCAGUUCCGAUUCAUCUUCCGGUCGUGAAGAGGAUGACGCCGACAGUAGUUGUUCCGGUUCCUCCUAUUUAAAUGGUCUACCACGCGGUGGACAUGCUCAGGGCCUCGAAGACUGCGACUGGGACUAUUUUGAAAGUGGGACUCUUCCUCUACCUUCAGGAAUUCCUCUUGCACUGAACUCCAGCCUUGGAACUAAUAACUCGCUUUCCGGAGAUUGGAGUUGUUGUCCUGGUCGAGGCUCUUCUUCUUGCCAGGCCUGCGGAGGAUCUCGAGGGGCGAACGUACUUCCAGUCCCGGUGCCGAUUCCAGUUCCGGUGCCGUAUCCAGUGCCAAUACCCGCGGCUCUUUGGACGAGCGACUUGGCCGCGGCGUCGAUGAUCACUCGCGAUUCCGCUUUGGAAGGAACCUUAAGAUUAAGAGGCGAUCCAUCAGCACCCUGGUUUGCCUGGCAUCCCAGAUUCAGCCAACAUCUUCACGGAAGUCGGCUCGAUCCAAGACUAGCCUCCUUCGACCCUGCCGCCUUUGGUUUCCGACCGGAACAAAUUUCCCCUCGAUUUUUCGGUACUACAGUCGAACCAGAUUCGGUUCCAGGAAGUUCUGCUCUUCCCUUCCCUCCUGUCGUUAUUCACGAAAGCCAGGAGGAUCCCGAAAAGUCUGAACCAAAGGAGCCCGAAUCUGGCGAACAGGAGGCAAAAACUGCGACUCAACGGGAAGAAGAAGAAGAAGAAGAAGGUAAGAGUGAAGAAGAUAGUGAGGAAGAUAGAAGCGAAAAGAACAAAGGAAGAGAGAGGAUGUAUCGGCACUCUAGAGGAGACUCGGGAAGUUCCUCGGGUCGAUCUUCUGCUGAUAGUAGUGAUCUUGAAGACUCUGCUUCACACAGAUUCUCUCGAGUAUUUGUUGUUAAUGAUGAUUCUCUCACCAGUGAUAAUGACAUUGAAGAUAAUGAGGAUUCUGAUUCAGCUGAGGGUGGAGUCACUCUUAAGAGGGUCUCAGCUCUUCCCGAAGAGGAGCCUGUUGUUCUGAGAUGUGUGAGAUUAUUAAACGAAGAUACAGAAAAGGAGUCGGAGAUUGAAGAAAAGGAGAUGGAGGAAUCUGAAAAUGAUCUCAAUAAAGAUAAGUACUGGCUCGUGGAAGAUUCGCCCAAAAUCAGGAAAGGUUUCGUCUAUAUGAAGGAAGCUUACGUUGCGGAUUCGAAAGAUUGUCUGGAUUGUAGAAUUGAGUUGAAGUCUAUUAAGAGUUUGGAUCCGGAGAGUUUUGAGACGAAGUAUCAAGAAGCGAGUAUUGAUCAUUUGAUGAUUGGUGAACUCUCGAGUGAUGAGGAUGAUGAUGACGAUGAAGAAGAGGAAUCAUUAGAUGAGGAACUAAAAGAAGAAGAUUCAGAGACUCUAGUAAUUCCCGAUUCCCUCGAGAUUUCUCAAAAUCUACGAACUAUUGAACUCCAAACGUCAACGCCCUCUACUGAUAGGAAAGAAGUCGAGAUUUCGGACGCAGUAAUAAAUACAAGCCAGAAGCCCCUGGAUUCGGCAACAGAUAGUUCAACUAGCGAGACCAACACGACCGGAAGCGAGAUGAGCAGUGAUGAAUUGCAUGAGUACGAACUUACACCAGUGCGUUUUGGAUUCAACGAUAAGAGUAUACCUCGAAAACACACUCAAACCGAAGAGGAACUUACAGACAGAGACUCUUCGGUCGCAAAAGAAGAAGCUAAUGAUGCUGAAGAUGAUAAUGGAAGUCGGAGAAUGGAUGACAUAAUAUCAAGCAAGAUUUCCGAGAUCUUUCAAAACGUGGAUGAUAGAAUAGAUGUCGCGGUUACGCAUGACGAAAGUGAGCCGGUGAGAGGUAAACCGGCAGGCGCACGGCUGGUGGGAGAUGCUGAUGGUGGGGGUGCUGUUGGAAUCGAGCGGGAGCGGUUUCGCUCAGUCGAGCGACGCCCGCCCACUCUGAAGGAGAAUGGCUUCCCUCCUGCCAGGGACACCGCGAGCGACGAGCAAAACUAUUCCCCGAACAACAAAUACCGGAGCCUCGUGAUGAUCACGCAGGGCACUUAUCAACCUGUGAGCGUCAUCACCUCGGACACGACGACGCUCCUACAACCAGAUGAAGUCGCUCCAGCGACGGCCCAGGGCUUGGCCGGUUACUUCCAGCUGGCGCUCGAGGCCGUGUCCGAACCGCGAAGAGCCAACGGCCAGGGUCCGCGAAAGCCUCUGAUGGUGAAGCGCUUCGUGAGCGCGCAGUCCGAGCCAGAAGUGGAUAGUGGUUUGAGUGUUGGAAGUGCGAGUGAGAGCGAAGAGGUGCAAUCUGUGAAAAGUGUUAACAAAUCGGUAGUCAAUCCGCAGGUGUCUUCGAAAAAUGGUGAGGCUUCUAGAACUAGUGAGCCGGUGGCGAGAGUAAGGGGAUCCAGCUCGCAGUCGAGUGACGAGAAUUCACAAUCUGGGGUUGUCAUCCUCGAGGAGGGACUUGCGGAUGAUGAUUCCUGGGUGGAGGAAGUCUCGCAUGACGAGGAUGAGCAGAGUGCGACAACGGCGACUGAGGAGAGUUCGGAGGAUGAGGCGAAUAAUUUAGGGGACAGGGAGGAAGAAUUGAGGGGAUAUCAUCGUCAGGCGAUAGACUUCACAUUGCAUACAAUUGUGGAAGAAUCGUGCGAGGAGAGUGAAGCUGAGCCGAAUUUCGCGACUGGUCAGAGGAAGAGAAUGCAGAGGCCUCCUUCGGCUUCGGAGUUGGAGAAGUAUUUCUUCUUUGGACUUGGAGGAGAUGGGAAUAUGAGUUGCGGCUCAAGAGAAGUCGACAGUCUAUCUGAGACGUCUUCUAUCCAUUCUGAAGGCUUGGAAUCUCUAGGGCAGGAUGAAGCCUCGAAUUCUGGGCAUGAAAAAUCCGGUGAGUCGAUCAAUUCCUCGAGACUCGAAAAGUAUUUCCUCUCGGAGUUUCUUGGAUUUGAUCAGGACAGAAGAGAUUCAGAUGGGUCGGUUGGUAGCGAUUCAGAAGGAAGACCUAGUCCUGAAGCGCAGAGGAGAAAAAGGUUGGUGCGAGCAAGAGGAACUGGAAGAUCUCACAGUUCCUCGCUUGACAAUCUUCUCGCUUUGGCGCAAAACUCCCAAAAUCCAAGCUCACAGAAUUCAUUGCAAGAUCUGAGUUUAGGACAAGAUGGACAGGAGAGUCAGUCUGAGGGAUCUUCUACUGAAACAGAUGGUGCCGAAGAGGGCCAACCAGCUUUUGGUACCGAUGGGCAAUUUGACACUGUCAAAAGGAAGAAGAAAAAGCCGAGAAAUUUGGGAACUCAGAGUCCGCGAGUUCCCGAGGAUAGGAACAAAACUCCGGAACCGGGUUUAAUCACUGAGUUUCCUGAAGGAGAGAUGGAGGCGAUGAACUCGGACGAUGAAAGGGCUAAAACACCUCAACCGGAGAAUGUUCACUCUCUAUCCUCUAAUUUAUCCUCCCAAGAUGCUCAAAAUUCGAUAGACUCGAGGUCUAAACAACAGUCAAGAGAUUCUGGUUUCGUUGGCAGUUGUGAUGAUCUUCUGCAGCAUCAGAAAUCCAGCACGGAUGGUCAGACACCCGAGGUUAAUCAAUUGACCUCGAAAGACCGGAACAGAGUCGAUGAAAGUCAUCGGAUUCGGGAGAGAAUCAACGCAGCGAAAGUUGACCUUUUUGAUCAGACUCUGCCACCUCUGGCGAAUGCUUCGCUCUCUAGAAAAGACAGCUUCAACAACUGGUCGAGUGAUGAAGAAACGAACCUCAUGAUGUCGAAAAUGCGACAGUUUUUCAAAACUAUGGUCGCCAAUUCAAACGGACAGGGUCCAACACCUAGCAAUGCGUCGAGUGCUGCAUCUCCAGCCCCGAGUCCGAGAUUAUCUGGCUACACCUCGAAAAUCCGACAUUGUCCCCAAAACCGAACAAAGCCUCCCCAGCUCGUUUACUUUGAGAACGAGUUAACAAGACUGAUGAAAACAGUCCCUGGAAUCAGGGACGAGCAAGUGAGGGAAAUUGUGGAGUAUCUAAGUUCCGAGGACACGUGGUCGGAUUCUUACGAUAGUUCAGAUUACACUAGUUCGGAUUUGGAGGGAGCUGCCGGGGGACGUCGCUCGGCUCUUCAGGAACAAAUUUCCCAGAGUUGUCAGCAGAUCAUCAGCAAGUUUGAUACCAAUUUGGGAGAUCCGUUCGAAAAGGAGAGAAAUGACAAGAUGCCAACAACCCAACCUUGUUUGGGAAGAGAUACGGCAUUUGUUUACCAGAAAUUGGUACAAAGUUUCACAAAAAUGGCGGGAGACACUAGUUCAGAUGCAAGUUCAACUCCUCACAGUAGUCCACCUUUGAUUGCAAAAGUCAUGCAUCAUAUUGGAAGUCGAUUGGUGGCUCUGAUGCAUGAAGUUUCGGAAGGUGGAUCCACGGUUCAACCUCAUGCUUCUUGGAGAAGGUAUUCGCAGCAUCAUAGAACUCCAUCUUCUGCUUCGACAACCGAGGAUGACGAGUCUACAUCUGAUUCGACGAAUACACCUUCUUCUCAGCUUCCAAGGUCAAAGUCCCAUGAUCCGUUGUUGUUAAUAAAUGGUCAUCCGAAUCCGAAUGCUGGCCAGGAGGGUGAAGAAAGGGAGGCGAGUGAUUAUGAGCGGUUCUCGUGGAGAGGAAGCUUUGAGUCUGCUCUGAUGGCUGCAGAUUCUAGGACUAAAUUGAGUUUGUUGGCUUGUUCGGGAGAUGUGAGCGCCAGUGCUAGUGCGAGUGCCUUGGCGAUGGCUGCCAAACGUCGAAGUGCUGGGGACUUGCUGUUUAAUCCUAAGAGUUUCUCGAGGGAGCAACUGGAUCGAGUGAGAAGUUGUGGCUCUAUUGGUGGUGGCACGGGAGGAGUUGGUGGGAUUUGUGGUGGUUCUAUCGAGGAGAAAAUCUGGAGCAACAGGAGAAGAUCGUCUGUUCCGGAUGCCAAUACAAGAGGGGAAUCAGGAGCGUCCGCUGGGGAUGAAGAUACGGAAGACGAAUUGGAAUAUGGUGGAGAUUCGAGGGCCACCACACUUCCCAGAGGAAUGCAAGCUGCGGCAGCGGCUGCCGCAGCAGCCACAAAUUCUUUGCCACGAUUACCAGCUUCAACAAUUUCCGUGGGGCAAGCCUCUAAUUCUCCUAUGCACAAAGCCCACAGCGUUUAUCAUUUUCUGCCUCAACACAGCGGCGUCAAAUCGGCCAGAUAUCGACCCCCUGGAUUUGCCAGGAACAGCGGUGCCGUCGGCGCUUCCGGUCCAAAGAGAGCAGUCAGUGCACCAGGUCUUCAACUCACUGGGACUCAAUCUUCAUCUUGUAAACGAGAAACCUCCAGGUCGAGAAGACAGCAAGCCAUUUCCAUCACGAGUGAUGAUGGGAGCAGUUUAUCAGAAGCUUGCAGUACACCUAUUAUUGGUGCAAAAUCGAGAACAAUUUCCAGUCAUGCGGUAAUGGAUAUGGACGAUAUUGAUCGGAGUCUGCACUCUGGACAUCUUGCAACUCGUGCUUCUCUCUCGAGCUUGGGGGUGAGUCCAACUUCCCAUCUUCCCACAAACGAGAGAUUAAAUUGGAUGACAUUUAAUUCUCUAAAAAAUAACGCAAGAUCGGAUUCAAUGGCAUCCGUAUAUAGUGGCGCAGGCGAAGGCCGAUGGUGUGGUUCAGUGGCCGUUCGAGGAGAAGUCGAAUUUGCUCUUCAAUAUGACUACAAGCAGCUAACAUUCGAAGUUCACGUCACCCAAUGUCGAGAUCUGGCCCCAGUAGAUGUCAAACGCAAUCGAUCUGAUCCGUACGUCAAGGUCUACCUUCUCCCCGACAAAUCCAAGAGUGGCAAACGGAAGACCAAAGUGAAGAAGCACACCUUGAAUCCUGUCUUUGACGAAACUCUUAAGUUCCACAUGAGUUUGAAUGGUUUGGAAGCGAGGACCUUGUGGCUGACUGUCUGGCACUCGGACAUGUUUGGACGCAAUGAUUUCUUGGGUGAAGUCCGGAUGCCUUUAGAAAAUAAAAUAUUUGACGAUCCCAGGCCACAAUGGUAUCCACUUCAGGAGCGGACUGAACCAUUCGACGACCCAAUCGCUUACAAGGGCGAGGUUAUUGUCGGUCUGAAGUUUGUCCCACCGGAUCCCGCUCAGCAGGAACGAGAACGUGAAACAGGAACGACCGAUUACCGUGGCAAACACAGAAAAAACUGGAGUAGAGGAGCUCUUCACGUCCUUGUCAAAGAAGCAAGAAACCUGCAGACGCGGGCAAAACACACUGGCUCAUGUGAUCCAUUUUGCAAGAGCUACCUUUUGCCAGACAAAGGUCGCUCGGGCAAACAAAAAACCGGAGUGGUGCGUAAAUCUGGGGGUUCUCCUGUUUGGAAUCACACCUUCAUUUACAAAGACGUGAGUCUUCAGGAGUUGGCAGAACGAGGUCUCGAACUCACCGUUUGGGACCACGAUCGUAUCGCGAGCAACGAGUUCUUAGGUGGCGUGCGAUUUAAUCUCGGCACCGGCAAGAAUUACGGAAAACUAGUCGAUUGGAUGGACGCAACGGGUCGAGAAUUAUCUCUCUGGCAAAGUAUGCUCGAGAGGCCGAAUUUUUGGGUCGAAGGCGCAGUCACUCUAAGGCCCCAUUUGCACAAUCAUGGAAAAAAUGGCUCUUUCUAGACUCUUUUUCAAAACGUCAACGAUACUUCGGGCAAGAGUGCAUUAAUUGCUAUAUUAGCUAGGGACCUUCAACAUUCGCCAAACAAUGCAACUUUUCUUGUUUAUACCAGAAAAUGAAUUAUUUCGCGUUGUCGACACAAUUUUAUACGAAAACUAGUGCCUUUUGGAUUAUUACUCGACCAAUCGCGCAACGCCCUCGUAUUCUUGACAUCACCGACCUCCGGUGAAGAAAAAGAAUCUCUGUUUCAUUAUCAAAUACCUGUUUGCAAGUAAUCUCUUUACAAUUUUUUGAAUAGAAGCUAAACGGACAAUUUUUUUUUCACCGGGGAAGACCUGGUUCUACAAGGAAGAAUUAAUAUAAGCCUCGUUUAGGAGGUAAUACGUCAUUGAGCGACGCGAUAUUUGUGAUGUUUUUCUUCUAUUAUGUAUUAUCGAUAAUACGAACUUUGGACAAUGCUAUAGAAUGCCACGUGUGUAGGUGUGUAGCUGUAGGUGUGUUACUCUAACUGAAAAAAACUAGCCAUUAGACGAUAAUUCCGUGUACCGUGCGAUAAAAAUAAUAAUUGGAUACAUAUUCUCUAACAAGGCAUCCAGCGUUCAAAUUACACGACUUUUAUAGUAUUUUUUAUAUUGAAAGUUUUCCCACACUUAAUCAACAAUCAAUUGCAAAAGCUGUGUUAAAAAUGUGCCAAUUUUAAUCAAAUAAAAUGCGGAAUACUUACAAUUGAUACGAGUCUCAUAUAGUGUCGUUAGAAACUUUCCGAGAGGUGCAUUGUUAGAGAUUUUUGGCUAGUGGAAUUGCUGUGAAAAAAUAGAGAAAAUAAAGCAAAGAACCGAAUUGAAGAAAAAAAAACCCUCCCUGAUAUAUUGUCAAUUUUACUCGGUUCUUUUCUUUCUUUCUAUUCGAGAAUUUAUACUCUAGAUGUAAUAAUGUUUGUUGGAUUUUUUAUUCAUCGUGGCCAAGAUAAUUUUCACGGCAAACAGUGUGAAAAUAAAGCUGUCCACGUGACUGGAUAAAAUUGGACAGUUUUCUCUCUGAAUGAGAAAAACACAUGCUUCCAUUAUGUACGAUAUAGUAAAGCGUUUUCUCUUAUACACUUUUUCUCUAAACUGAAACGCGAAACGGUGUAUUUGAGUUUUUAAAUACGCUCGAUUUCCGGUAAGAAUAGAUUUAUUUAUAUAUAAAAUAUUAUAUACACAUACAAUUAUUAUUAUUAUUAUUAUUAUUAUUAUUAUUAUUAUUAUUAUUAUUAUUAUAUACGUUAUAGACGCGUUGUAUAUCGUCGUAAAAAAUUAUUAAUAAGUGAAAAAUAUAAGUAUUAUAUAGUACUUUAAUUGCAGAACAAAGGAAAUGCAAGGCUGAGUCGAUAAUUAGUACUUAAUCUGUGUACUUACUGCGUCAAGACCUCGGUUAGGAAUGCAAUCAUCAUUGUAUUAGAAUAUUAGGUAGACCCAUUUAUAAAUAGAUGAUCCGUAUUAAUUAUAUGCGUGAGAUAAUAAUUAUCCUUUCGAACAGGGUGGUCGUCAUAAACGAAAACUGCCUUCAAUUUUUUUUCGCGUAAAGACUUUGAUAUGUUCAAUUUUAUUAAUGCAUGUUAUACGACUUUUAUAGAAAAUAUCAACAAGGAAAAUGUGUCGUACGCUCGAUCGGAAUUGUUGUUCGUUAUUUGUAUUAAAUCAUCAAAGUUAUUACGCGUUUUCAUACUAUACAUUCCUUUAUUAUUGUAUAAAAAAAUGGAAUAAGAUUUUUAUUUAUAUUCCAUUUAUCGAUGUACAUGAAAAUAAAUCUUUUGUACCUU